AUGGAUGUGGCUUUGAUCGCUACUAUAAACAAAUUGCAAGAUGCAUUGGCUCCCUUGGGAGGAGGUUCUCAAUCUCCAAUUGAUCUGCCGCAGAUCACAGUAGUAGGAUCGCAAUCUUCAGGAAAGUCUUCUGUCUUAGAAAAUAUUGUCGGACGUGACUUUUUGCCUCGUGGUACAGGCAUUGUAACUAGAAGACCCCUGGUGCUGCAAUUGAUAAACAAAAGACCAAAGAAGGCUAACGACGACUUGCUGGAAAUCCACAAUGAUGACCAAUCUAAAGGAGGACAAUCUGAGGACAAUGCUAACGAGUGGGGUGAAUUCUUGCAUAUUCCGAACAAAAAAUUUUACAAUUUCGACGAAAUCAGACAAGAAAUUGUCAUUGAAACGGACAAAACUACUGGCAAAAACGCCGGUAUUUCAUCAGUACCUAUCAACUUGAGAAUCUAUUCGCCCCAUGUGCUGACUCUAACCCUAGUUGAUUUGCCUGGUUUGACCAAAGUUCCCGUAGGUGAUCAACCCGCAGAUAUUGAGAAGCAGAUUAAAGACAUGCUUUUGAAGUAUAUUUCGAAACCGAAUGCUAUCAUUUUGUCUGUGAAUGCGGCCAACACUGAUCUGGCCAACAGUGAUGGAUUGAAGUUAGCAAGGGAGGUAGAUCCCGAGGGUACGCGUACCAUAGGUGUUCUGACAAAGGUCGACCUGAUGGACCAGGGCACCGACGUGAUUGACAUUUUGGCUGGUAGAGUGAUCCCAUUGAGAUAUGGUUACAUUCCAGUCAUCAAUCGUGGCCAAAAGGAUAUUGAGGCAAAGAAAACAAUCAGAUCUGCAUUAGACGACGAAAGAAGGUAUUUUGAAAACCAUUCAUCCUACAGCUCUAAGGCUCACUACUGUGGUACGCCCUAUUUGGCGAAGAAACUCAACUCAAUCCUGCUCCAUCACAUUCGACAAACUUUGCCGGACAUCAAAAACAAAAUCGAAGUGACGUUGAAGAAAUAUCAAACAGAGUUGAUGUCUUUGGGCCCUGAAACAAUGGAUUCCCCAAAUUCGAUUGUUUUAAGCAUGAUUACCGAUUUUUCCAAAGAAUACACCGGGAUCUUAGACGGAGAGGCUAAGGAAUUGUCCAGUCAGGAACUUUCUGGCGGUGCACGUAUAUCUUUUGUAUUUCAUGAGAUUUACAAAAAUGGAGUGAGAGCUUUAGACCCAUUCGAUCAGAUCAAAGAUUCUGAUAUCAGAACUAUUAUGUAUAAUAGCUCCGGUUCAGCUCCCUCUUUGUUCGUAGGUACUGAGGCAUUUGAAGUUUUGGUGAAGCAACAAAUAAACCGAUUCGAAGAGCCAAGCUUGCGUCUCGUCAACCUCGUCUUCGAUGAACUUGUCCGCAUACUGAAACAAAUAAUUUCACAACCCAAAUACGGCAGGUACCCUGGGCUAAGAGAGGCGAUGUCAAAUUAUUUUGUUCAAUUUUUAAAGGAGGCAAUAAUUCCAACGAAUACUUUCGUUUCUGAUAUUAUAAGUGCCGAGCAGACUUACAUCAAUACUGCGCACCCAGAUCUUUUGAAGGGAUCACAGGCGAUGGCUAUGAUCGAGGAGAAGCUGCAUCCUAGACAAAUUGCUGUUGAUCCAAAAACUGGUAAGCCGUUACCAGUUCAGCCACCCCAGCCACUACCGCAAACCGAUGAUAAAUCAGGAUUCUUUGGCGGCUUCUUUUCCUCCAAGAAUAAAAAGAAGCUCGCUGCUUUAGAGUCUCCUCCUCCAGUGUUGAAAGCUACAGGUCAAAUGACUGAGCGCGAAUCCAUGGAGACAGAGGUAAUUAAGCUUUUAAUCGAGAGUUAUUUCAAUAUUGUUAAACGCACAGUAGCUGAUGUGAUUCCGAAGGCAGUAAUGUUCAAGCUAAUUGUUAAGAGCAAGAAUGACAUUCAAAAGAUCCUACUUGAAAAGCUCUACGGCAACCAAGAUAUGUCGGAGCUAACGAAGGAAAAUGAUAUUACUAUACAGAGAAGAAAAGAAUGUCAGAAAAUGACAGAAAUUCUACGAAACGCAAGUGAAAUAGUGUCUUCUGUUUAA